AAGUGCCUUAAUACUUUCUUAUAGAGAAUUAAAAUACCCUUCAAUUGAUAUAUAACAAAGUAUACAAUUCUAUUUGAAAAAAUGAAGUUGAACUUGACAUCUCUGAAACACCUCCACUUCCAAUACCAAUACAAUUUUUCCUAAUAAUAUUUUUUUCUAGCUUCGUCGAUUAUAGAACUAUAGGUGGACCCAGUUGCAUGGGACACCCUGUAUACCAUGUUGACGAGCAAACCGAGUUCAUGAGCCUGCUGUUAGUAGCAUCCUCGUCAAUAUAGUUUUGUCCGGUGAACCGUUUCGUUCGCGUUGCCUUCUCCUCUGAUGAGGGCACGUUAUCCAAGAAAAAGAACAAGCUUUCUUUAAUUAAAGUAUUCAAACUAGUUGAAAGACAUAAACUCUUUGAAUAAAAAGGGAUGUGAAGAUGGAAGUGUCAAGUUUAUUGGUGACUAUUAUUCUAACCAAGUGAUAAUCCUUCAGGGUCAUGGCUGUUAAAGAAUGGUUCAGAAGAUUGCAGCCGGUCCAGUUGUACCUAGUCCUGUUCUUUACAACUGCUUUCUUCCUCGUCGAGAUCGUUGCCAGUCAUGUGACUCACUCACUGACAUUACUUCUCAAUGCCUAUCACAUGCUAUGCAACAUAGUUGCACUUGUUGGGUGCAUCGCGUCCAUCAAGUAUUGCCGUCGUCAAAGCGGUAGCAGUUACAGCGGAAACAGUACCUCCAGUUCCCUACGAAAUUCCGCAAUUUGUAUAAAUGGCGAAGAACGAGGUUCCUCGACAUCUUUGUCAACAAAGACCAAGCAAUCAAGAUCAGACAGAAGAAUGAAGAACACUUUUGGAUGGGCCAGGAUAGACAUUGUUACAAUGCUGGCCUGCUGCGUUUUACUGGCGUCAUUUUGUUUUUCAUUACUGGUCGAAGCUUUGCAGACUCUGGUGCACAUUGAUCAUCUGGACGAAAUGCAUCAUCCGAUGCCUGUUUUAGCGAUCGGUGCAUCCGGUAUUCUCUUAAAUGCAUUCUGUGUCAUACUGAUCGGAGGAUACACUUUUAAUCAGGGCAUCGUUUUGCAUGUCACCAUGAACGGGGACGUGAUAUUUCGAAGAAAUGUUAGUUCACAGCAAACAAAGGAAGGUGAACAGCAGUUAUCGUCGCAGACCAGAAGGAGUCCACUGGGAAUACCAAAGAGUCAAAGUUUUCGCGAAACCUCUCGUGACGUUCUUGGCUGCAUUUUCGUAAUCCUGGUGUCCAUUUUAGUAUAUUUCACUGACUCGGAUGUGGCCAAGUACAUCGAUCCUCUAUUUGCCAUUAUUUCAUCAAUUUCCCUUUUCGUCCUUAGUUAUCCAUACAUGAAAGAAUCUGGUUUAAUAUUGCUUCAAACGAUACCGAAUCACAUAAAUAUCGAUUCCCUUAAAAGGGAAUUACUGGAAGCUUUUCCUGGCAUCGUGAACGUUCAUGAUCUGCAUGUAUGGCAAUUAACAGGACAGAAAAUAAUAUCUACGGUUCAUAUUAUAUUCUUGGAUCCAAUGGUUUAUGCCAGUAUUACCGAUCAAGUGACUGCCUUUUUUAUAGAAAUGGGUAUAACUCAAGUUACUAUACAACCAGAGUUCUAUAAGAUGAAACCAAACAUGGGAAGAACUGGUUGUUUGAUUCGCUGCCACGGUGAGCACUGCAGUUCCUCGCAAUGCUGUUCCAAAGAAAAAUUCAUAGAAGAUUCGUCCUCCGAUCUAUCGGUUAAGAAACAAGGACAAUCUAUAAAUAGGAAGUUGGAAAAGAAAGAAAUUGUUCCAGAUUCGUCAUCGAUCGAUCUGAAGAGAUUCAUCACCCACGAUCAAGAAAGUUCUUCACAAUCUCAUCAACUAAGAGAUGAUAGAUCAAACGAUAGACAAACACAAAAUAAUAGUGAUGAUAUUAUUGAUGAUAGUUCCUGUACCAUAAAUGUAGAUAUUAGUGAACGAAUAUCCAGUACCAUCCCUAGUCAAAACACUGCAUCUUAA